CCGGCGGCGGUUACCAGGGAAGCCGGGUUGCUAGGGAAGCAACGGUAACACGCUCCCCUUCCAAUCACUCCUGGGCCGAACCCCUCCCCCCACGGGCUUCUGCUGCCCCCAUUUUCCCGCCCCUGGUCUCCGCAGGAUGUUCAUCUACCUGAGCAAAAAGAUUGCAAUUCCUGGUAAUGUUCGGCUAAGAUGUAUAUCUUGGAACAAGGACCAAGGUUUCAUAGCAUGUGGUGGAGAAGAUGGAUUGUUGAAAGUUUUAAAAUUAGAAACACAGACAGAUGAAGCUAAAUUAAAGGGACUUGCAGCUCCUAGCAAUCUGUCAAUGAAUCAGACCCUUGAAGGUCACAGUGGUUCUGUGCAAGUGGUGACCUGGAAUGAACAGUAUCAAAAGCUAACAACCAGUGAUCAAAAUGGGCUCAUCAUUGUGUGGAUGUUGUAUAAAGGUGCUUGGUAUGAGGAGAUGAUCAACAAUAGAAAUAAAUCUGUUGUUCGAAGUAUGAGCUGGAAUGCUGAUGGACAGAAGAUUUGUAUUGUGUACGAAGAUGGGGCUGUGAUUGUUGGUUCAGUGGAUGGUAAUCGUAUUUGGGGGAAAGAUUUGAAAGGUUCACAACUGUGCCGUGUAGCAUGGUCCUCAGAUAGCAAAAUUCUACUCUUUGGAAUGGCAAACGGAGAAAUUCAUAUUUAUGACAACCAAGGGAAUUUUAUUAUGAAAAUGAAACUGAAUUGUUUGGUGAACGUAACUGGAGCAUUCAGUAUUGCUGGAAUACAUUGGUACCCUGGUACAGAGGGCUAUACUGAGCAAGAUUGCCCUUGCCUUGCUAUCUGUUUUGAUAAUGGAAGAUGCCAGAUAAUGAGACAUGAGAAUGACCAAAACCCUGUUUUGAUUGACACUGGUAUGAAUGUAGUGAGUAUCCAGUGGAACCACUGUGGAAGUGUGUUGGCUGUGGCAGGCUUCCAAAAAACAACUACUCAGGAUAAAGAUGUAAAUAUUGUGCAGUUCUACACUCCAUUUGGUGAGCAUUUGCGUACACUGAAAGUUCCUGGCAAGCAGAUGUCAGCAUUGUCCUGGGAGGGAGGUGGACUGAAGAUUGGGUUAGCUGUUGAUUCUUUUAUAUAUUUUGCCAACAUUCGGCCAGAUUACAAGUGGGGUUACUGCUCCAACACAGUGGUUUAUGCAUAUACCCGACCAGAUCGUCCUGAAUACUGUGUGGUUUUUUGGGAUACAAAAAACAAUGAAAAGUAUGUGAAAUAUGUUAAGAGUCUGAUUUCCAUAACCACUUGUGGAGACUUCUGCAUUUUGGCAACUAAAGCAGAUGAAAACCAACCUCAGGAGGAGCAUGAGACGGAGUCAAUUGGUGCAACGUACGUGCUGGUUCUCUGCAAUUCUAUUGGUACGCCCCUCGAUCCAAAAUAUAUUGACAUUGGACCAUUAUUUGUUACAAUGACCAAAACCCAUGUGAUAGCAGCUUCAAAAGAAGCUUUUUAUAUCUGGCAAUACCGUGUUGCCAAGAAGCUCACAGCAAUGGAAAUUAAUCAGAUAGCACGGACUAGAAAAGAAGGCAGAGAGAGGAUUUAUCACAUUGACGAUAUCCCUUCUGGAGCUGCAGAUGGAGUGCUUGAUUACAGCAAGGCCAUUCAAGGAACAAGGGAUCCAAUCUGUGCUAUAACUGCAUCUGAUAAGACAUUAAUUGUGGGGCGUGAAUCUGGCACCAUUCAGAGAUACAGUCUUCCUAAUGUUGGCUUACUUCAGAAGUAUGUCCUGAACUGUCGGGCAUAUCAAAUGUCUUUGAAUUGCAACUCCAGUCGUCUUGCUAUCAUAGACCUUUCUGGAGUUCUAACUUUCUUUGACUUGGAUACGCGGGUAACAGACAGUACAGGACAGCAAAUCGUUGGCGAGCAGCUAAAGUUGGAGCGCAAAGAUGUCUGGGAUAUGAAAUGGGCCAAAGAUAAUCCAGACUUGUUUGCUAUGAUGGAGAAAACAAGAAUGUAUGUUUUCAGAAACUUGGAUCCUGAGGAACCCAUUCAGACUUCUGGAUAUAUUUGCAACUUUGAAGAUUUAGAAAUUAGAUCUGUUCUUUUGGAUGAAAUAUUGAAAAAUCCUGAACAUCCUAACAAAGAAUACAUCAUUAACUUUGAGAUCCGAUCACUACGAGACAGUCGAGCAUUGAUUGAGGAGGUUGGGAUUGAGGAGUCUUCCCAAUUCAUAGAAGAUAAUCCACAUCCUAGACUUUGGCGUCUCUUGGCUGAAGCCGCUCUUCAGAAGCUAGACCUACAAACUGCUGAACAAGCAUUUGUGCGCUGCAAAGACUAUCAAGGCAUCAAAUUUGUGAAGUGCCUAGGCAAUCUGCAGAGCGAGUCAAUGAAGCAAGCUGAAGUGGCAGCUUACUUUGGCCGGUUUGAGGAAGCUGAAAGAAUGUAUUUGGAUAUGGACAGAAGAGAUCUUGCUAUUGGUCUACGGAUAAAACUGGGAGACUGGUUUCGAGUAUUGCAACUAUUGAAAACAGGCUCAGGCGAUGCAGAUGACACUCUUCUUGAACAAGCACAUAAUGCUAUUGGAGACUAUUUUGCAGACAGACAAAAAUGGAUAAAUGCUGUACAAUAUUAUGUACAAGGAAGAAACCAGGAACGUUUAGCUGAAUGUUACUACAUGCUAGAAGACUAUCAAGGACUAGAGAAUCUGGCGAAUUCACUUCCAGAAAAUAACAAGUUACUUCCUGACAUAGCUCAUAUGUUUGUCAGAGUGGGGAUGUGUGAACAAGCUGUGACUGCCUUUCUGAAAUGUAAUCGACCAAAGGAUGCAGUAGAUACCUGUGUACAUCUCAACCAGUGGAAUAAAGCCGUUGAGUUGGCUAAAAAUCACAAUAUGAAAGAGAUUGGAUCCUUGCUAGCUAGAUAUGCGUCUCAUUUACUGGAAAAGAAUAAAAUCCUUGAUGCCAUAGAACUCUAUCGUAAAGCCAACUAUUUUUUUGAUGCUGCUAAACUCAUGUUCAAGAUUGCAGAUGAAGAAGCAAAGAAAAGGACUAAACCUUUACGAGUCAAAAAGCUUUAUGUAUUGUCAGCUUUACUUGUAGAACAGUACCAUGAACAAGUGAAAAAUGCACAGAGGGGAAAAGUUAAAGGAAAGAGUUCAGAGGCUACUUCAGCUUUAGCUGGUUUGCUAGAGGAAGAUGUUCUUUCUUCAGCUAAUCGCCUCACAGAUAAUGCCUGGCGAGGAGCUGAGGCUUAUCAUUUUUUUAUACUUGCACAAAGACAGCUCUAUGAAGGUUAUGUAGACACGGCAAUGAAAACAGCCCUUCAUCUGCGAGAUUAUGAAGAUAUUAUCCCUGCAGUUGAGAUCUAUUCCCUUUUGGCUGUCUGUGCGUGUGCCAAUAGAGCAUUUGGUACUUGUUCAAAAGCCUUUGUUAAACUGGAAUCCUUAGAAACCCUUAGCCCUGAACAGAGACAGCAAUAUGAAGAUCUUGCAUUGGAGAUAUUCACUAAACACUGUCCUAAACAUACCAAAAAAUCUGAUCUGGAUGGUCUUCUGGAGGGUGGAGAAGGGAAACUUCCAACCUGUGUUGCAACAGGAAGAUCUAUCACAGAGUAUCAAUUCUGGAUGUGCAAUGUGUGCAAGCACUGUGUGCAGGCCCAAGAAAUAAGCAAUUACAACUUCUGUCCUUUGUGCCAUAGUUCCGUGACCUAGUAAAAGAAAAAGAAUUGUGAGUGUGUCCUUGUGUAUGUACCAUUACAAGCAUAAAAGACUUCAAGAUUUUAAAGUGGGUUAUGAAAUGUAAUACAGGCACUACACUGUUACAAGAUGCUACUAAGAUUAUUAGAGGAAAAUCUUUUUUAGAAAGAAACUAGAAUGACAGGAGUCCCGAAGAAGAUGUAAUUGUGAACCCUCUUUUAUAAAAAUGGGUUAACAGAGUUUUUUUCUAAGUGUAAACAGGGCCUAAGAUUAAAAACCAACAAAAAUGAAUGCAUGUUUAUCUCUGUCUGUGUUUCCUUUGAGACACUCUAGGGGCUUGUCUACUCAGGGAAAUUAGUAGGCAGUAAGCUAGGGUAUAAAUUUAAAAUACAGUAGCUACUCUGCACUAACUCCCCAUGUGGAUAUUGUUAUUGCGCACUGAGAGUGCCCAUGGUGUUACCGGAAGAUUUUGAUUCAGUUAUAUUAAGCCAACAGUGUUGCUCAGAAUCACUACUUUUAAUCUGAAACCCUUUAUUUCCAAUGUAUCUAUUCUGGUACUACCAGUUGGGGUGCGCUCUAAGGGAUUUUCCAGGGAAAGCCACAGUUAGCCAAUUUUCCCUUGAAGGACACGGAUACAGCCCUCUGAUCAAGAAUAGGCAACAAGCAAUACAUUCUUUGAAAACAAAAAUAAUAUUUAUUUAGAAGUGAUUAGUUACAGUAAAAGUACAGAUAGAGGUAAUACAAUUAUAAUAUAAACCUGAAGCAGCGUAGCAAAUAAAGACAGCACUACAAUUACAGUUUCAAUAGACUGUCACAUAUAACAAUAUAAUCACACACUUAAUACUCUAUAUCAUAUAACAAACAUAUACCAGUAUCAAUUAACAUUAAAUACUUAAAAACUAAACAUGCAACCAGUGCUGAUCAUUAGGUGAGUAGGGAGAUCUCACUCAGACCACAGGCAUCCAGCUUAAUUUACACUUUAAACCCACAUGCUCUAGGAUGCUCAAAUAAAAGACAAUGAAACGUACAAAAGCCUUCUUAAAAAUCCCUGUGAAUCCUCUUACAAAGGUCCUUCUGCUCUGUCAGAGGCUAGGGUACGGUGCCUAGAGAGCGUGGUCUGGUAGCAGGCUGUGAGCUGCUGCCUCUUCCUGAGGUAAGAGUCUACUCAGGCAGGAGAGACAGAAGCCUGUUGGUCUGGGCUGCUGAGGAGAUCUCCUGCUGGCUGGUGGCAGAAAUGGCCAUUGCGAGGGGCAACCCUGGAAUCCUGGGUGGGCUGCUGCUGUUGCUGCUAUAACUGCCUUUCAAGCAGCCUCUUCCUUGCUGGGUUUUGCUGAUGCUGCAGCCACUGUCCUGUAAGUGCUUUUCUUCCUUGGAGGUGUUUGGCAGAGCUCCGCUCUCUUGUUGGUCCUGGUCCCCUACAGAGUUGUAAUCUGCUGGCUGCUACCUUUAUAUAUGUUUCAUCUUCCAUAUAUUAGCAUAGGUUAAUUACUAAUUAGCAUGUGGUAAUUAUUCACAUGUACAGAAAGCUCUUCCCCUGUCCCAUAGACUUCUAUGGGCUCAACGCAUCCCUAUGGGGUUUUUCAGCUGACCUUUGGAUGAACCCUAGCUACUUCCUGUGGGCUACAGCAUAUUCCUAUGGGGUUUUGCUUAGUCAUUCCCCGUAGGAAGUGAUGUAAUACCUUCCCUUGAUUGCAUCAUCCCUAUUAAUUUCUAUGCGCUCCCAUGCCUUCCUUUGGGAUUUCCCACUACAUUACAAACUUGAUGGCCACCAUUACUUUAUUUUCUAAUUUAAAUUAUUCUUAAUUUUUAUUUUAAUUAAAGCUUUAUUUUUAAAACUAAUUACUGUUCUAAGUAUGACAAAGGGUCCUGACACUACCUCCGUUCAUUUUAUGUUCAAUUAAGCAAUUGUAUAAUUUUUCUGAAUUUAAAUCCCUUCUGAGGCUUUUCCGCAGAUUUUCCCAUUUAGUGCUUGGUAAGGCAUUUCAGGCAACUGAGGCAAAAUCUCUUGUCACAAUGGGGUGUUUAAGCUUAAUGCACUUUAAAAUGUAUUAAGCUAAAGUGCACAAAGGCACUUUUAGUGUACAGUAAGUUUGUAUACAUGUGGAGUUAGUACGGAACAAUGAAUGCAUUGUAACACCUUAGCUUGUGGUUCAUUAACUGCUCCAUGUAGACAAGCCCUUUAUUAUGGGAGCUUCCUUCUUCAUUUUUGUAACAUACAUUCAGUAGAAAAAAUAUUGGUUUUCCUAAAAUGCACGGAUGGACUCUUAAAGAAUUUCCAGAUGGGACCAAUGUUAAAGUAGCACCCUUUAUAACCUUGAUAUCAUUCUUUUAUACAUUUUCCUAGAACUCUUUUUUGAAUUACAGUGAAAAUAUUCUAAUCUACUUAUAGUUAGGACCAAAUAUUUAUGCUGCAGUCUUUUUCUAAACACAUACUUACAAGUACAGUACCGACAAAGGAACUAUAAGAGGUGACCUGCCAAGAAACUAGGGUUUAUAAUCUGAAUUCUUGGGCUCUCUCUCUCUGAUCUGUUAACUGUUUGUUUCACUUUUAUGUAACCAAGCUGAAUCACACAAGGUUAGCAAUAACCGAAACCAGCUGACAGCUCUUAGUGAACUAUAUGAUACGAAUUAGCAGCCUCAAUCAACUGGUAGGCAGAUAAUGUGUCUAUAUCACACUGUCAUAGUUGUCAUCCUUGCUUGGCAGUAUGAAUCAUCACUGAAGGAAUAUGGUGACUGAAUUAGUCUGUCAUCCUUCCUACUGUGUAGAAUUGAGCCCCCCUGCGGGCAGAGUGUGGUGAAGCUUGCAGCUGUACAUGUUCUGCAAAUAGAUAGAACACUUCAGUUUUCAGUCUCCUCAGUCUGGUAUCUUUCACAAGCACUAAAUUCACUUUAAGGAGGAUUAUAUUUUUAAGGAAAGAUUGUCAGGGGUCUUGUUUUCUCUUGGUUUGUCUUUUUCUGGUUGGAAAAAAUUACCUUUGUAAUAUCCAGAAGUUAAAUCUUUUGUUCUUUUGAGUAGUGUGUCCCUCCUGUAUGGAAAAAGUUUAGAUGUGAAAAAUAUACCAUUAAAUAAAAUCUGAUUUUCUA